GGGGGAGGCCUGGCGGCCGGGGGAGACGGCGGCUGAGGCGGCGCCGAGCGCGGAGGGAGCCGGAGCCGUGAAUCUUCUGCCCACUUGUAAGUGUAACUGGUAUGGGUAAUGGUGUGAGAGAAGGUCAAGUGGAUUUCAAACGGCAGGAUGUGGAGCCAAUUAUAUCAACUCAUCUUCCAUCAGAGGGAACACAGGAGGAAAAGAAAGUACUUAAUUCUCUGAUGUCUGGUGCAUUGGCCGGUGCUGUUGCUAAAACAGCAGUAGCUCCACUGGAUAGGACGAAAAUCAUGUUUCAAGUGUCUUCAAAAAGAUUUUCUGCCAAGGAAGCCUACAGGCUGAUUUAUCGCACCUACCUCAAUGAAGGCUUCUGGAGUCUCUGGCGAGGGAACUCGGCCACCAUGGUCCGUGUGAUCCCUUAUGCUGCCAUUCAGUUUUGUGCACACGAAGAGUACAAGCAGAUCCUGGGGAGUUACUACGGCUUCCAGGGAAAAGCGCUGACACCCUUUCCUCGAUUCAUUGCUGGCUCUCUGGCAGGCACAACGGCUGCCAUGUUAACCUACCCCUUGGAUAUGGUUCGAGCUCGAAUGGCUGUCACGCCGAAGGAGAUGUACAGCAAUAUCGUUCAUGUCUUCAUCCGAAUAUCCCGGGAGGAAGGAUUGAAGACAUUGUACAGAGGAUUCACACCAACCAUCCUUGGAGUGAUUCCAUAUGCUGGGCUUAGCUUCUUCACCUAUGAGACGCUGAAGAAAUUACAUGCAGAUCAUAGUGGGAAAUCUCAGCCAUCCCCUCCGGAGCGGCUUUUGUUUGGUGCCUGUGCAGGCUUGAUUGGCCAGUCGGCUUCCUACCCCUUGGACGUGGUUCGCCGACGAAUGCAGACAGCAGGGGUUAUGGGACACACAUACAGCUCCAUCCUUCUCACCAUGCAGGAGAUUAUAAGAGAAGAGGGACUAAUCCGUGGUUUGUACAAAGGACUCAGCAUGAACUGGGUCAAAGGGCCGAUUGCAGUGGGAAUAAGCUUUACAACCUUUGACCUGAUGCAGAUCCUUCUCCGUAAAUUACAACACAGCACUAACAUUGAAAGGUAGUAGCUUAAUCCCAACAGCCCUUGCUGGGGAGAAGUACGACGUGUGUACAAAGAGCAAUGCUAGCGUUCUCUCACUUUGUACAUGCUCUCCUGCAGCUGAGAACUUACCUUUCUUGAUUAUUUUUCUUUUGUUGGUGGUGUUGUUGGGUUUUUCCUUUUUAACAAGCCUCUGAGUUGUUUGGAAACCUCAACCUGAAACUAACCUUUUCGUAACUGAAAUUCUUCUUACAGUUCUACAGAGCUGUGUCCUCUAGAGUAGCUGCCUCAUCCUUCUGCUUUGCUCUUUGAUGUCAGGAGUGGAGCCUCUCAAACACACACAUGCUGCUUCUGGCUCCUCACCUGGUCUCUCUGGGCAGAUGGAGUGGUAGAUGAUGGAAGAGAAGACAUGGUGCUGUUCAAAUGGGCCCUUGAAUUUGGAAAAUGACUGCUGCUCUUGGCAGGCAGUUCUUGGUUACUCACAUGUGUUAGCUGGAGGCAGUCUGCCAAGUGCAAUAUUCCAGUUAAUCUGCACAGGGAAUUCCACAUUCCUCUGACCUGUAAGCAGGGUCUCCUUGAAACAGGACACAGCAGGAUUUAAUAGGUCCAAGUCACUUCUAUUACUCUGAAAGUUGAUUAUGAGCUCUGGUUGGAAAUGCUGCCCUUUUUCAAAUGUUCUUUUCAUUUCUGAACUGAGUUGCAAAAAAUUUCUCUUUUUGCAGUGUCCCUCUGAGAUUACCAAAGACUGUAGACAGCAGGGGAGGAAAGUUCUGAGCAGUUUUGUAAAUCAAAUUCUCUUGUCUGUUGUCAGUGUUGCUGACAAGAGACUGGGCCUGGGCUCACAAACUGGAUUGAAUCAAGCUACGGUAGUGCUUUCGGGCCAUCUGAACCCUUCAUUGCUGUCAUGGUCUUAACGGCAGCAUUUUUUGAGGGACUUGGCAGUUUGUAGUGAUGAAGCCCUGGACUAGAAGAGGAGGUGUUACAUACUUCAAUUUUAAGCAGUUAUUUCCCUCAGUAUUAUUGUUGCUGCUUUAUCCGCAGUGCGAGAAUGAACAAAUCGAAGAUGCAUACGUGGUGCAGACUUAUCUAUCAUGAAAGGCUAUUCGUGUCUGAUGAAUGCAGCGUAGUAGUUGACUAAAGCUGCUGGCCGUGCUUCCAAACAACGUUGUUGUCUUUUGGUGCCUGCUGUGUAGGUAGUAUCACCUCUGUACAUUAUUCCACACCUAAGCCCACUUGCUUUUAUUUUUAGAGUUCUUCUGGACUAACAGUGUCCUCAGGAGAACAAGCUCCACAGCCAAUAUUGACUCUUCUGAAAUAAUAUAUAGUGCCAAUCAUCUCCAGUUGCAAUCUGCAAAUGAAUGGUAACCUUUCAGUGUUUCUGUUUUAAGUCAACAAUUUUUAGGAAAAGGGAGAUUUGAGGGGGGGGGGUUGUUUUAUGUUUCUAUUCCUACAUUAAAUUUGGAGGGUAAGAGGGAUCAAAACAAACUUCAGACUUCUCUAAGGAUCAGAUUCCACAAGCCAAGAUUAAAAUCCCUUUCCAGCUGUUAGAAUCCAUGUAGAAGGGAGAUGACAUGUAAAACAAAAAUAAGGUAGGAUUUAAAAGCUGUCCUUCUCUGGUGUAUAUACUUUAGCCAUUGUAGUUUCAACCUUGUAUCAUGACUUUAUUAAUGGGAUUGAAGGUAAUUGCACAAUUGGUAGAAAUAGCUUUCUCCUUUCUUUUCUCUUUGCACUUGUUCUUUGGAGCGUAACUUGCUUCUAAUGCCAAAUAUUUCCCUAGGAAUUAAGCACCUACACUUCCAUUUUGCGGACAUGGUGGAGAGCCAGCAUACUGAAGUAUUAGCAUGCACAUUGUUCCCAGAACACAUGGGAUCAAGCAUACUUUAAUGGUUGUGGAUGGGCAGGGUAUUAACCUCAGCAAUUUCUGCCUUUAAGCCCACAAACGAUUAUUUCCGUUGAGAAACUUGACUGCAAUCACCAAUCUACGUUGUAGUUAAAGAAAUGUUAGGUGUUGUCUUUUAUAAGUCUGUAUAGGUGAUAGCCACAAAUUCUGUAAACAUUUUGCUCCCAUUGUUAAUGGAAGAUUAUCAACUGUUCUUUUCAUAUGGGUGAAUUUUUCAGUCCUUUGCAAGAGCUUCGAUUUUUUUUUUAUAUAUAUAUAUGCAUAUAUAUAUAUAUAUAUAUAUAUUUCUCCAAUGGAGAAGCCAAUUACUUCUGCUCUUGUCUUUAUCACAUCUGGCCCAGUGAGGAGAUACUAAGAUAAAUGCGUCUUACCAGGAAAGUGAGGUACAGAGCAACAGCUGGGAGUGUCAGCAGUUGACUCCAGGUAUACGUAUGUGCAUAUGUGUCCGACUGUGUGUGCAAUCCAUGCCAAGUUCUCGCUCAGCUUGGAGGCUGCUGGUGCUAAGAGCAGUCCUUCUCGAGUAGUUGAUGGGUACUAUGUGAACACAAGAAGAAGCUGAACUGUGGCCUCUGAGUUAGAGGGGGCUCUUCUGCUCUGCAGCGGGGUAGGUCAGCUCAGAGGCAGAUGCAACAGGCCUUGUCUUAUGCCGAGCAUCACCGAACUCCUGUAGCAAUGGAGGUGACUUAAUUCCUCCUGGGUCCUUACUGAGCAAGAAAUUACACUGGAUGACUAGCCUCUUGUUUGGGACUGAACAGCAGGGCAGAUCUGCACAGAGUGUCUUCGUCCGUGUCAGGAUUGCAGCUAAUGUGAACGCAAACAAAUGUGAAGCCUGUGGAGGAUGCAGAUGCAGCUUCUGCUGGGUGGCCCUGGGGAGAGCCUUCUGGCAUCACCCCCUUUGCAGCCAGAGUGCAGUGGGGGCUGAGAAAGGAGACUUGGGAGCAUCAGCUCCAGAGCUGUUCCUUAAUUAGCAGUUACACCUGAUUUGUACUUCAGUGAAAUUUUAGUCAAACACAUUUUUCCAGACUUUGCAGGCUGAGUGCUUGUUCAGAGACAGAUCUGAAUUCAGUCUGCAAUGAUUUUGGUGCUUUUGUUUCUUGGGCAAAAGUUUAGAGUAAUUGUGUGUCUUUGUUUUAGAGUGUUUUAAAUUUCUUUUUUCUUUUUCUCCCCCCCUCCCCCGAUUUGAAUGUAGGAGAGGAGAAACAGAGUGUUCUCUUCCCUUUGCUUAAUCCUUGCAUGAAUCGAGAUGUGUUCCACAUCUCUCUGCUGCCUGGAACAAGUGCCUGAGGAGUUUUGGGCACGCUGAUUGGAAAGGGAGGGUGCCUGUGUACUGGCCAAGAAGGUCAAUGGCCUUUAGCUCUAAGAAAGAAGGCAAGUCUAGCAGAAAUCUUCUCUAGUUCUUUUUAGAUUUUUUUUUCUUUUUUUACUAUCCUAAACUCCCCGCUUUUUCAUAAUGCUCUUCUCUAAUUUCUUACUUUUACUUUGAAGUCAUGUGUCUCAUUGUUCUUUAAUAUAUUAGUAGCCAAAAGUUAGCUUGUGCUUCUUUCUUGUCUGCUUUCUCUCCCUCCCUGCUUCUGCACCUUUAGUCCCGCACUAGCACUUAAAGAAAAUCAGAUCCAAUGAAAUGCAUCCAAAAUGACAAAAGUGCAGCUUUGAUAGCUGCUUCUGAAACAGCCCACCUAGGCUUCCUACUCAAAGGUGGGGAUGUUUGUGUCUGGGGGCAAGAAGUUAAAGGCACUGGGUGCUGGAGCGAAAGAUUUUUUUGAAAGAUUCUUGAAUGACUCGUCCAGUCUAGCACCUUCCCUUUUCCGCACACAUUGGGAUGUUGCUGCUUCUUGUGAUCUCCUUCUGGUGCCUCCACACGAUGCCCACUGUGCUCUGUGAAAGUGGUACUUACUGGGUGGAUAACUCAGGAGGAGCUGGUCCUUCUGGACGACACUGAGGAUAGGUUAAGGAAUGGGAAUAGUGGGACCCAAGCUGGCUUUUUGCAAACUGCGUUGCCCUGCGUGCCUCAUGCUGACCUCUGCCUGUCCUCCAGGACUAUGGGGCAGCUUGCUGCUUGGUGUUGGCAGGACCAUAGUGGGAAGAUCGGGAGAGGAGUCACGGCCUCAUGAGGCAUAAAGUCACUGAAAGCCAUGAGAUGGUUGUGUGGUGUAGGCUGGAAUAUGCAUUGGUACUCCAUGAUAGCUUUUCAAAAGCAGAGUUUCGUAGUUUCUGUGGAAAAAUUAUGGUACUUCUGUGAACUUCUCCAAAUAGCCUUUGGCUUCAAAGGACCUGGGCACUACCAUCUUCAUCCCACAGUGUCUUUAGCUCAAGUGCAGGUUAGGUGUAAAUGGAAACUUUCAGCAGAAGCAUUGUGGCAACACCAAGCAAGACUGGGGCCAGUCAUAGGUGGGCAGUAGAAGGGGAAACUGGUGUGACUGCUUCCCAUACCCUCUCUGUGAAGUCUGGCUGGGUACCUCAGCUCUGCGGAGAGCUAAGGUGGGCAGUACGGACCCAGAAAAGGAGAUGGCCUUCCUACAAAACAGCCUUCUCAGUUUAGGGUCUGGUUCUUCCCGCUACCGCUGGUUCCCCCUUCCGUGCCAUGCGAUGCAGGGAUUCCCAGCACUGUUCACUGCCUGUGUGGUCUAUGCAUAUAUUAGCACAAACGCUGCUAAAUGCCUUUUUGUCAAGAUGUGUCCUCACCAUCAAUGUGUGUGUGUAUGCGUGUGUGUCGAUUUUGACUGCUUUUCUUGGAUCUGGAGUUCUAUUUUAUUGCAGUGAAGACACUUUGUUAUAUAAUGUUUAUAUAUUUUAAGAUUUGUGCCAAGAGAGGAUGUAUAUUUAAUAAAAAAUUUAAUUGACUUUG